AUGUUUGUCCUUCGUGGCGCCGAUUUUCCUCCAAAACAGCCGGUCAGCUGGGGCCUUGCUGGGGAAGUCAUGGCCAUGCAGGAACGAGAUCUGGCCGCAGGCUACAAAAAGCGUGAGCUCGGCAUCACCUGGCAAAACUUGACCGUCGACGUCCUUUCAGCAGAAGCCUCCGUCAAGGAGAACUUCAGAUCGGAUAUGGUUAGACGGGCAUGA